AUGAAGAUUGAUUUCUAUGUGACGUUGCAGGAGUAUAACUGUCGGAAGAUGGCUCAGGUGCAUCGAGCGGUCACGUUGAAGCCGACGGUCGACGCCAUCGGCUUCAGCAACUUCCCGAACCAGGUGUUCCGAAGGUGUAUCAAAAAUGGCUUCGAUUUCACGUUGAUGGUUGUGGGUGAGGAUUUUUGGUGGUUGUGUUGGAAACUACAUGGCUCUGGCUUCAUUUUACAAUUUACAUUAUAUAAAUUGGAAUUGAACUUCAAUGAGAAAUAUCCAAUAUUAUUUUAGCCAUCUAAAAUAAUGUUUUUGACCCAAAACUCAAUUUUUUAGUAUAAAUCAGAUGAAAUUUAUCUUCCACAGUCAAAUAUAGGCCAUAUAGCUUCUAAUAAGCCGAAAAUUUCAGGUCAAAGCGGUCUCGGCAAGUCCACUUUCAUCAAUUCCAUGUUUUUGGCCGAAAUCAAUGAACCCCAUUCCCACAAAAUGACUCCAGAAGCCUUCAAAACCGAGAAAACUGUCAAGAUUCAUGCCAAAACCUUGGAACUGGAGGAAGAUGGCGUCCAUUUGAAUGUGACUUUCGUCGACACACCUGGUUUCGGCGACUUUGUGGACAAUAAAGACUGCUGGGACCCGAUUGUCAAGUAUAUUGAUGAUAGGUUCGCCGAAUACCUGAAUGAAGAGACCCGAAUUGAACGAAAAGCAAAGAUUGAGGACAAAAGAGUCCAUGUUUUGUUGUAUUUCAUCCAGCCGAGUCGAGGGUAAGCGAUUUUUUUGAUUGAUUUAUAUUGUACUAGGCCAGGUGAGAAAAAAUGAUUUUAGGUUGUCUCAAUUGGAUGUUCUGGCGUUGAAAUCUCUCCAUGAUAGAGUGAAUAUUGUCCCAGUGAUUGCUAAAGCUGAUACGUUGACUUCGGAAGAGCUGACGGACCUCAAAAAGACGGUAAGAAUAGAUGUCUAGUGUAAUAUAAAAAAUUGUUUGUAGUGUUGUUGUUUGGCUUUCAAGCUUGUUGAUGAGGAGUUUGUAAGGUUUUUGGGGGCAUUGUCCCUUACUUAAAAGGUUGUUUUGGUCAAAAUUUUAUAUUACUUUAUAUCAAUUUACAAAAAAUUUUUAUAUUUUCAAGGAAUUUUAAGCUCUUAUCACUUUGAUUUGUCCGAUAUGGAAAAGAUGUGACAGACGUAUUUUAAAAAAUUAUUUUUUCAGCUCCUCGAACAGUUCAUUGAGUUUGAAAUCAAACUUUACGAGUUCCCGGCCCCAUACGAAUAUGGAAACAAGUCCAAAAAGGAGACCGACUACCGCGACAGAAUCCCCUUUGCCAUUGUCGGAUCGAACCAGGUGAAAGACAAUGGAAGAAACAAGUCCAGAAUCCGUCAAUAUAUUUGGGGCACAGUGGAGGUGGACAACCUGGAACAUAACGACUUUCUGGCCCUUAGGGAUAUCCUGGUGAACCAGAAUUUGAUGGAUCUCAUCGAUGUGACCAAAGAGGUGCAUUACGAGAACUUCAGGUCGAGACAAAUGCAGAAAAGCCCUAAGGGUUUUGUUGCAAGUGAAGAGUAAGUUGAGGGGAAUUUGGUGGAGGAAAGUGGAUUUUUGAUGAGUUUAGGAAGUGAUUGAACGAUUUUGGGCUUUGUCCGGGAAUUGGGAGGAAUUUAAGAGCUUUUAAAAGGGGUUGUUAUAUUGUACUAGGCAAAAAUGACCUUAUUUUAGAUAAAAUUGAUGGUUUUGGUUGAAUUUCUCGCAGUUUUUUGAUGUUUCAAGGGAAAUUAUUUAAUUUAGAGGUUUUUUAUUGCUUUUAGACAGCUCCGUAGAUAGUUUUGAAGCAAUCGUGACCUUAUUUUAGCCAUUAGUGAGGAGCUAUCCUAAAUGCCUUGAAUUUCUUUAUUUCUGGUAAAACUUUUUUCUGAUUUUGAUUGGAAAUGAAUUUUAUUUAUGUUGAGUAGUCCCCACUACAGUCCGAAACGUAUUUUACUUUCAGAGACCCAUUCACACGCAUGGAAAAGGAUCAGCGACAAAAGGAAGCCGAACUUCAAAGAGCCCACGCCACGAAGGAACGGAUAUUCGCAGAGAAGGUUGGCGACAGACUGAGUCGAAUCCAAGAAGAGGAACGAAAAGUGAGUCGACUUUUGAUGUUGUUCAUGACAUUUGAUGUCAUGGAUAAUAUAAUUUUUGGAUUUUUAUGUGGUUUAGGAUAAUCGUGAUGGAAUGUUUAUUAUCUGGGUUUCUGGCAUAUUUAGGCUCUUUCUGGAUAGAUUUAGUUAAGAAAUUAGUUUUUUUUCACAUCACAUCUGAUGUCAUGGAUAAUAUAAUUUUUGUCGAUUUUUUGCAAUUUUUGAAUUUUAAUAUUAAUAUUGAGCCUAUUCCAGCUCAAUGAACACGAAAAAGCCCUCGCCAACGACCUCAGGGAAAAGCAAUUGAUGUUCGAAGUGCUCCAACAACAAGUCUUGGAGCUCCGAAGACAGAACGGCCUGAACGAUUCCAGCUCUUCCCACUCUCCAGACGGCCGAAAAAAGAAGUCCAGCACCCUCUCACUCUUCCGCUAA